UCUCACUUGCUGCAGUAUGUCCCAGCAUCACUGUCACCUAUUUCUCUUUCUCUCUUUCUCCUCCCAUCUCCUGCCUUUCUCCUCUCGCCCCGCCCCUCUCUCUCUCUCUCCACGCCCCCACUGCAGGGUAUUGAUUUCAGCAGGUUCUGCCCUGUGCAGCAGUCCCUCAGUCAGACUGCAGCGGUGCUGUUCUGUGCAGUGGCUCUGGGACCUCCUCGCACGCCGUGCCCCUCCGAUCGCUGCACUGCAGCCGCGCUCGCAGCGAGCCCGAGAGAGAGGGGGGGAGGAACGCAACUGAGCACGCCCAGGGAAGACAUGGGGACUCGGCCGAGGACGCUGGCUCGCUCCCACGCGCAGUAAACCCUUCCUUUCACGCCCCGGUUUGAGUUCGGGUCCGGUGGCGGCGUUCAUAGCGGCCAGGCUCCGCAGGACUGCCCAGUGCCUCAGGUAUGCCAUCAUGCCCAGGCUGGACGUAGAUCUCAAGCUGGACUUUAAAGACGUCCUGGUCCGGCCCAAGAGGAGCAGCCUGCAGAGCAGAGCAGAGUGGGCUCAGCAGUUUGGAGAUUCUGCUGACGGUACCCUGCACAUAGAAAGAAAAAUAGAAUGGAUCCUAUCCAAGUGUAUUGCAGUGAAAUAUCUAGACGAACUGGAUGUGCGCUAUGUGGACCUGCAAAGAACCUUCACAUUCCGCAACUCCAGGCAGACCUACCAUGGAAUUCCCAUUAUUGCCGCCAACAUGGACACCACUGGCACCUUCCAGAUUGCACAGGCCCUGAGCAAACACACACUCUUCACAGCCAUUCAGAAACAUUACUCCGUGGAGGAUUGGAAGGCUUUUGCCGCCCAGAGUCCUGACUGUCUGGAGUAUGUGGCAGCCAGCUCAGGGACCAGUAAGGCUGACCUGGAGAGGCUGUGCAGUAUCCUGGAGAGUGUGCCUGGAGUCAAGUACAUCUGCCUGGAUGUGGCUAACGGCUACUCAGAGCAUUUUGUGGAGUUUGUCAAGACCGUCAGAGACAGAUUUCCUGACCACACCAUUAUAGCUGGCAAUGUGGUGACAGGGGAGAUGGUGGAGGAACUGAUCCUUUCUGGAGCUGACAUCGUAAAAGUGGGCAUUGGACCAGGUUCUGUGUGCACAACACGCAUCAAGACAGGGGUGGGGUACCCCCAGCUCAGCGCUGUUAUGGAGUGUGCUGACUCCGCCCAUGGACUGAAAGGCCACAUUAUCUCAGAUGGAGGAUGCAGCUGCCCAGGUGAUGUGGCCAAAGCCUUCGCGGCGGGGACAGAUUUCGUGAUGCUGGGAGGCAUGCUAGCGGGGCAUGACCAGUGUGCCGGUGACAUCAUUGAGAAGAACGGGGUGAAGAUGAAGCUGUUUUACGGGAUGAGCUCUGACACAGCAAUGAAGAAGUACAUGGGAGGAGUCGCAGGAUACAGGGCUUCUGAGGGUAGGACAGUGGAGGUCCCCUAUAAGGGCGAUGUGGAAGAUACCAUUCUGGACAUACUGGGGGGACUACGCUCCACAUGCACUUAUGUGGGGGCCACUGAACUGAAGGAGUUGAGUCGCCGGACCACAUUCAUCCGGGUUUCACAGCAAUUCAGUAGUAUGUUCACCUGAAAUGCAAUGCAGAGACACCUUUGCGCAAAUGAACAUGACAAGCAUGUAUGCACAUACAUACACACACAUGCAGACACACGCACACACACAUACAUGCACAUACAUGCACACACACACACACACACACAAACACACACACACACCCAUUUCAGUAAGUCAGGUUUCACACCUCUUCUUUUUAUAGUUAAUGUGAGAGACAUAAAGUAUGUUCUCCUCACAGCUUUGGCCUGUGUACUUUGGUGAAACACUACUUUUUACUCAAAGACGGUUGCUCAGUGUUGCUUCUGGGCCAUAGGCUGGUAUCAAAAGCAACACACUUCUUUCUCUCAGGACCCUUGGUGCCAGUGACUUGACUAAUUUGAUUCAAUGCGACCACUGUGUGAAGAAGCAUGGUUCAGAUCUCCAAACAGGGCAAGGUUACAGACAACUCUUCAACAUUAUCACAGAUUUAAUUGUAGAUUCAGUUUAAAGACAGGGACAUAUCUGUGCUUUACAUAUUAUAUCCUCCAACUAUCCUUUCUUUUUAACUGAUGAGGGUUUAGGAAUAGAGGAAAGUUAUGAGAAUGGUACAAUGGAUAGCAGUGUGGUGGAGUGGUAACAGGAAUGGAGCUUUACGUGGGUUCAAAUCAUUUAACAGCCCUUUAUUUUGCUGCUUUGAGCAAGGUACAUAAUGUGAAUGGCUACAGAAAUUAGUCAGCUGCAUAGCUAAAUGGAUCAUAUGUUGAAAUGUAAGCUCCUGGGACUGUGAAGUAGAUAAUUACUGUAAUGUAUGCUGGCUUUCAUUUCUGAACUUCUCUUCUUCGAAUGGAUGAAUGUUUUUAUUAGCUUUGGUCUCUAAUUUUGCAUGUAUGUGUAAAAUGCGUUGCUCUGUGCGUGCUCUUCUCUGCUGAUGCAGACGACCCAUUCAUUGGGUGGGUUGGUUCCCUGUAAUGAAAAGCUUGUGGGCUGGGUCAUUCUGGAAGGCUCGGGAGAUAAUAAACAUGUGAACAAAGGGACGAAGCAACUUGUC